CAGUCCUCGGAGCCUCCCGCGACCUCAGGACUGGGCCGUGCGCUCCCCUUCUCGGCCGCCGUAGUUUGUUUUUUUUUUUUUAAAGUAAAAACGGUUACCCAGCAACGAGAAAAACAACCGGAACCGGCGGCACCUGCUUGGAGAGAAAGGAGGUUCCAUAGGCAGUUCUUACCAAGAAGAUGUCGAUUCCAUUCUCCAACACCCACUACCGAAUUCCACAAGGAUUUGGGAAUCUUCUUGAAGGGCUGACACGCGAGAUUCUGAGAGAGCAACCGGACAAUAUACCAGCUUUUGCAGCAGCCUAUUUUGAGAGCCUUCUAGAGAAAAGAGAGAAAACCAACUUUGAUCCAGCAGAAUGGGGGAGUAAGGUAGAAGACCGCUUCUAUAACAAUCAUGCAUUCGAGGAGCAAGAACCACCUGAGAAAAGUGAUCCUAAACAAGAAGAAUCUCAGAUAUCUGGGAAGGAGGAAGAGACAUCAGUCACCAUCUUAGACUCUUCUGAGGAAGAUAAGGAAAAAGAAGAGGUUGCUGCUGUCAAAAUCCAAGCUGCCUUCCGGGGACACGUAGCCAGAGAGGAGAACCACACAGAACAAGACUAAUAACAUCAUAUUGGAAAAAGCAAGAGCUAUCAUAUCAUGCUGACUUCUUCAGUUAAAACUUCCCAAGUUUUUAAGUAUACAAAUGGUAAUGCCUGUUUCACAAACUCAGAGGCUUUAUCUCUUUUAUGUUUUCAAUGAACCAUUCAAAUCCCCAGCGCCUUAUUUUUAGAAAGUUCAGUCUCUCCUUUUUGAGGCCUCUCCACCCUUGAUUGUCGAAGAAACUGAGAGUUCAUGUCUUAGACCAAAGGGUGCAGUUCUCUUCCCAAUACAAAGGGUAGAAAGUGGAGUCUUACCAUUUAGUUAAUGCUGUUGCCUUCUACCAUAAUGUUGUAGCAUAGUCCAGCAGACUGAGGCGAUUCUCUGGCUGGUUCCAAUCCUGCCUGCACCACAGUGGAUGACCCAUGAUUUGGUUCCAGGAUUACAUCUCUCUUGGUUUAUAGUCACAAAGUCAGUCUUCCCCCAAAACUCAAAAACAAGCCAGGAUGGCUCAGUCCUGAGGAGCUUCUAAAACCAGGUAUAUGUUGUCACAACAAAUACUCUCCUACAAAUACUUUGAUCCUUGUCCUAGGCUUAGACAUGCUCUCUCUGCAAAGCAGUUUUAUUUCAGGUGCCUCACUGCCCUUCCCUGGCACUGAGCCUUUAUCAGACUCUGCAACAGAGGUUCCCCCAAGUGAUCACCACUCAAACAGUUGAUUCACACCAACGCUUCCAAGGUUGUGGCAUUCAUUCUCUAAUGUCCACUCAUACAGGCAGCCUUUCUCCUUCCAAAAUCUUGCUGCCACUAUAGAGAGUUUCAUGCUAGCUAAACACAAGUCUCUAAUAUCCCCCUUCCUCCCCUCCUUAACCCCUCUCCUCCAGGCUUACAGAGUAAAAGAAAUCAGUUCUCCUCCAGGAUUCCAGCUGUUCGUCCCUCCCAUUCCACUGAAAGCACCAGCUUCUUACACCUUCCCCUCUCAGACAGAGCCAUCCUGCUUAGAGAAUUGUCAAGGGAGGACCCAGAAUUUAUGCAAAGACUUAGAUUCCCUGACCUGUAGAGGAGACCAGAAGAGAAAAAAAGGGAUUUUUUUCCCUAGUGAGUAUAUAGCAGGAAAAAAAAAAGAGAUGAGUUAGCCUUUUCAGUAAAUUCUCUUGUUACACACAUAAAGUGACUAAUACUGUGCAUUCCAUACACACACACACACACACACACACACACACACACAGAUCUAGUGGUGGUGAUAUUUGUAGUGAAGGAGGAAAAGGAAAAGGCGAGCAAUGGAUGUGAUAUUACGAGAACAACAUGUAUGAAUGACACUUUAUUAGAACUUAUCUGGUUUUCCUCUUGUCUCUCUGGCUGUUCCUUCUCAAUUCCCUUUACUGGUAACUCUUCAACUCCCCAACCACGAAAUGCUAUGUGCCCUUAGGCUCAGUCUUUUGACCCCAUUUCUACACUCACUUGAUUUCCUGCAGUUUCAUAGCUUUAAAAUCCAAUCUUCUUAAUGAUUACUCCCAGACCUUUCUCUCCUCUACCUGCGAACUUCUAUAUUCAGCUGCCUACAUAACAUCCCUAUUUGGAUGUCUGUAGGCAUCUCAAAAGUAACAUACAAAAAAUGACUCCUGAUAUUGCCCCCAAAUCUGAAACUUCCCCCACACCCAAGUUCUUCCAUUCAAAAAUGGCUGCUCUAUUCUUCCAUUUGCUCAGGCCAAAAACCUUGAAUUCGUCUUUAAUGCAUCACUUUCUUUCACACCCCAUAUACCUUCUAUCAGCAAAACCUGUGGGCUGUAGUUAUGAAAGAUACUCAGAAUCUGUCUACUUCUCACCACUGCCAUUGUUACCACCUUGGUCCUAGUUCCCAUGAUAGCCUUGUGAAUUAUUGCAAUAACUUAUAUUGGUCAGUGAUUAUCUCACUACUACUGCACAACCCAUGCCAAAGUCAGUGGUUUAAGACAAUUAUCUUUUCUCCUGGGUCUGUAGGUGAGUGGUAAUAUAGCUAAGCUAGGCUGGACUACAACCGCAAGGUUAGGUUCAGGUCAGCUCUAAGCUGUGCGUUUGUGGGUUGACAGAGGAAGGUCUGCUUCAGGCUGUAGGCCCGAGGGUCAGCUGCAGCACAGUGCCUCUUCUUCACGUGUCCUAUUCUGAGCCCCUGCUGAAAGACGUUAUCCAGGACAAGCUUUUUUCGUGCUGGUCACAGAAGACAAGCAGGAAAACCCAGCAUGCAAGAGUAUUUCAAGCUUUUGCUCAUAUCACUUCCACUGACAUCCCAUAUACAAAAGAAAGUCAUCUAAUGAAGCCCAAAGUGAGGAGGAUGAGGAAGUACACUGUUCACCAUGCAGCCAUAGCAAAGGCUCAUGUGUGCAUAAUGCUACUACAGGGUAGUGAAGAAUUGGGACCAGUAAUUUAAUCUACCAUAAUCUGCUUUCUUGAUUAUAAUUAUAUAUUUACCACGUGCAAAAAUAGACCCACUCUUAUCCCAAAACCCCUAAAAGUUCCAUCACAUCUUUGAAGUCCAGGAUCUCAUGAUCUACAUCAGGUCCAGAUAUAGUCCUUCUUGAUAUAGAGACCUGUGAAUUAAAAGAGCAAGUAUCCUUUUAUCACAUACAACAAAUGAUGGAAUAGAGACAAUAAUCACAAAAAAUACUGUUAUUCACAAAGGGGAGAAAUGGAAGCAGGUGACAGCCACUGGUCCAUAGCAAUUAGGAAACCUCAUUGGACAAUGCUUGUCAGGUUCCUCUAUUGGAGGGAAUUAUGUUUCAUGAUUACAUACUGUUUCUACUCCCUAAGAAUGACUUUCCAGUCUAUCUUCCAUAGCUCUUGGUUCUGCACUCUAGGGAAUCAUUCUUUUUCCCUCAUCUUCCUUAGUCACUUGCAAAGGACAUUAGAGAAUAUGCCUUUUUUGGUGGAUAAAUGGGUUCUUCAACCUGCUUUCUGCCUGUAGAAAACUAGAGACAAAUAAUCUGUUUGUACCUUGUAGAAUGUCAAUCUCUUUUAGCUGGCACUGGUACUUUUGUCAAUAAAGUUCUUUUUUAAACUUUGUGAACUUCCUAUGAAUUUAGUCACCUCCACAUGUCAAAAGGUGUGGUGCACCCACAAUUUCUUUCAAGAUUUGCCUCCCUUUAUCUCUCUCUGUUUCUGAUUCUAUUAAGAGUGAAAAAUUGGCACCAAUAUUUCAAUAUAUAAAGACUUCUAUCAUAACUGCCGAGCAUUCACUAUCCCUUCUUCUCCCAGCUUCCACCAUGUUACUCAGGGUUUCCAGAGAAACAGGGCUGAUAGGAUAUAUAUAGAUAUAUGACUAGAAAUUUGUUAUGGGAAUUGGCUCAUGCACUUAUGGAGGCUUAGAGAGCCCACAAUAUGCUGUGUGUAAGCAGAGAACCAGAGAAGCCAGUGGUGUGAUUCAGUCUGAGUCUGAAGGCCUGAGUACCAUGGAAGCCAGUGGUGUAGCUCUCAGUCCAAGGCAAAAGCCCUGAGAACCAGGAGAGCUGCUGGUGUGAGUCCUGAAGUCCCAAGGCCCAAGAACCAACACCUCUGGUGUCCAAGGGCAGAGAAAAAUGGAUGUCCCAGCUCCAAAAGAGAAUUUGUCCUUCCUCUGCCUUUUAGUUGGUACUGGUACUUUUGCCAAUAAAGUUCUUUUUUAAACUUUGUGGACUUCCUAUGAAUUUGACUACAGUCAACUCCAUGUGCCAAAAGUGUGGUGCACCCUUCCCAAGAGAAUUUACCCUUCCUCUGCCUUUUCGUUCUACGUAGGUCCUCAAUGUCAAUCUGCCCACAUUGGUGAGGGCAGACCUUCUUUACUUAGGCUACCAAUUCAAAUGCUAAUCUCUUCCAGAAACAUUUUAUCAGCUAUCUGAGCAUCCCUUAACCAGUCAAGUUGUCACAAAAAAAUGAACCAUCACACACCCUUUUCCCCUUUCAACACAUCAGCCAGAGUAUCCUAUUAUAAUUUAAGUCACGUCAUGUCACUCCUCUGUUUUAAAUCCCCAAUGGCUCCUCAUUUCCCUCAGAGUAAAAGUCUUCCUUAUAGUCUACGAAACCCUGGCAGAUCUUUCCUCCUGUUGCCUCUGACCCCCAUAUCACUUGUUCACUUGGCUCCAGCCACUCUGGCCUCAGAGCUCUUCCUCAGACAUUCCAGGCAUGCUACUGUCUCAAGAAUUUUGCAUACGUUAUUCCCUCUGCCUGGAAUGCUUUUCCCCAAACAUUGCCCCAUUCCUUCACGUCUUUAGUCAAUGAGCAAAAGUCAUGAGACCUUCCCUGAACCACCCCCUACCAAAAACAGCUUUUAAAAAAAGCACUUGUUUUUCUCCUUGUUAUGUAUCUCCUUAGUUCUAGACACCAUCUAAUAUAUUUUGUUUACAGCCUGCUUCCGUCAGUAAAAUCUAUGCUCCAUGAAGAUAAAGAUUUGUUAUUCUGUUCACUGCCUAGUGCCUUUUUUACAUACAGUGGGAAGGAGUGAAUCACCUCUAGUGGCUCAUACAGAAGUUGAAGGAGUCCUAGCAAAUCUCCUGCCAUCUAAUUAGCUUUGAUUGGGUAACACAUCUAUCCUUGAAUGGAUUAUUGAGGCCAGGGGAAAGGAAUAUGCUAAUAAAUUUAUGCAUUUGACUAUAAAAACCUGUCCCUGGAGUAGGUCAGUUUUGCCCAAAAAUAUUUUUCCUGAAAGUGGAGGAAAUUUGAAGUCUCCUAUAGGAAAUAGAGGAAUAGAGGAAUGUUGUCAAAUAACAAAUAUCCACCACAAUCACCACCUGGCUUCUCACUACACUGCAUUUGUGAAUUAUUCAUCAAAACCAAAGAGGAGAGACGUAUCAAGAAUAAAAGGAAGAAAAAUGAAACAGCAUAGGAGGAGUUAACAAGACAUGGGAAUGUGGAAAUUUGGGUAGCCUGCCACAUAAAUUGCAAUGCUAAUGGUGCUUCUUGGAACCAUGCAAUGCAAAAAGGAGACUCUCCCAAAAGAAAGAGCUUUGGGUGCACCCUUUGAUAGCUCAGCUGGUAGAACAGAGGACUAUAGGCUGUAUAGAAAGAGCUCUGGGUGUAGGAGAGUAUGAAAAAUUAUGAGAGAGGGAGAGAAAGAGAGAACUUGAACUGUUUUAGAAAUAUAUGCAAAAUUUUUCUCUGUGGGAAGCUAAGUGUGAGAGUUUGUCAACAUGAAUUUUUCAUAAAACAUUCUUAUGAACGCUGUACCUCUGGAAAAGGAGUCUUCCGUCGACAUCAUCAAGCAGUUCUUUUUAAUAGACACAAACCCAGCAUAAUUUGGAGGGAAUUUUUCUCUGUUCUACUGUGAUAUGAAGCUCAGUCAAACAAUGUCUCUGUGAUUCCGAGAUGAACCCACGAUAAGGUCUUGAAUUGUCACUGUCAUUCUGCCUCUAAACUAUUACAUCAUUCACUUUCUUUGUUCUAAAGCAAACUAAACAGUAAUUUCCCCAAUUCCACAAUAAAAUUAACCCAAUAGUUUCUAUACCUCAA